CUCUCUCUUCAUCCGCACUGAGCUUAUUUUCUCUCUCUCUCUCUCUUAAUCCCCCAUGGCUUCUUCAAAUCACUACGAUAUUCGCUGCGUGCUUCUUCUUCACUUGGCCACGUCAUCUUUAUCGUCAUCAUCGUCACCUUCGAUGUCGUUCCGAGUCAGAGCUUUCUGCAAUGACGAAGCGAAAGAGGCCGUGAAGCUUCUGGAGAAGCCAUCGAUAUGCACCACCGACGAGCUCCACUACGUCUCCGUGCCCAACUAUGAUUGGAGGCUCGCCCUCUAGCGCUACAGCCUUUGCCGCACGGCCCCUCAGAGGAAUCACCCAUUGCUGCUAUUAUCUGGGUAUAGGCUGCUGCAUUCCUUUCGUUGGGUAUAGCUGCUGCAAGGUGCUGCGUUCUUUUCUCUUCCUCUCUCAGAGUCUCAGAGAUCGAAGGCUUCUACUCUUCGUCUUCAAUUUGGGGUUAUGGAAGGGACAUCUGAGACUCCCAAUUCCACUCCCAUGCAUACUCCAACUAAUGGUUCCAGCACUGGAACCACUCCAACACCCACACCCACACCCACACCCACACCCACUCCUACUCAGAUGGUGGAUCAAGGUUAUCAACAAGGAGCUGCAGCACUGCCUAGUUGGUUUAUAUUUUUUAUUUGGUUCUUCGAGCUGUAGACACUUUGGAACCUCCGAGCUAAAAAGUGGAAAUGAACACACGAAUGGAAAGAGGAGCUUGCGAACGUCAAGGGGAACAAAAAUGAAGAACAUUGAACCACACAUUUGAGCAGAAAUGAAGAAACAAGCUUUCCUAGUGCAACCAGGAAACCCUGCGAACUGGAGGAGAGCUUACCAAUGAAGUUUCCAACGCAACCAUGAAAAAGAAAUGGAAAAAUAAUAUGUUUUGCGUUGGAAAAUGAGAAGACUUGAAGAUGAAGCAACGUGGCCCAAGAACUCUCAAGAAUGAUGUGGAUUUUCGGCAAAAUGGUACAAGGCCCAUCAAAGCCCAUGACACUAGGGUUUGUGACGCAAACCCUAGCCCUAAAGAUGUUUUGCCGUGAAUUUGCAAGAGAGAAACAAGGAAGAUGCGUCCAAAAAUCAGAAAUUAAAAAGAGAUUUUCUAGGGAGAUUAUCUAGGGCUAUUUUUAUGGAAAGAAAAUAC